GAGAUCACGCCGUUAACUCUCGAUCUCUCUUUUAUUUUUAACUAACGGAUUUCAUUCCUCUUCGAUUUCGUGGCCGAGAGAGCGAAGAGGCUCGAAGAUCUACGCGCUCGCUUUGCUUCUCGAUCACAUCAAAGAUGGGGCUUUCCUUUACCAAACUUUUCAGCCGGCUUUUUGCCAAGAAAGAGAUGCGUAUUCUUAUGGUGGGUCUUGAUGCUGCGGGUAAGACCACCAUUUUGUACAAGUUGAAGCUGGGAGAGAUUGUUACCACCAUCCCAACCAUUGGAUUUAAUGUGGAGACAGUUGAGUACAAGAAUAUCAGUUUCACAGUUUGGGAUGUUGGUGGUCAGGAUAAGAUCCGACCCCUGUGGAGACAUUAUUUCCAGAACACCCAAGGCCUCAUAUUUGUUGUUGACAGUAAUGAUCGUGAUCGUGUUGUGGAAGCUAGAGAUGAACUUCACAGAAUGUUGAAUGAGGAUGAGUUGAGAGAUGCUGUUCUACUUGUCUUUGCAAACAAACAAGAUCUUCCCAAUGCCAUGAAUGCUGCAGAGAUUACCGAUAAGCUUGGCCUGCACUCCCUCCGCCAACGCCACUGGUAUAUCCAGAGCACCUGUGCCACUUCUGGAGAAGGGCUUUACGAGGGAUUGGAUUGGCUUUCGAACAACAUAGCCAGCAAGGCUUAGAAAAUACUGGUGCCUUCUGUCCAGAAAGUAGCAGAUAAUAUUUGGGUCUUGUUUUUCAUAUAAUGUUCAGAGCUGCUAUCUUCAUCCCCUUGCCUAAAAGUCUUACACAGCCUAGAAUGUCUUGUUAAUGUAUAACCAGAGUUUUCUUAAGAUUUGUUAUAAUUAUUUCGGUGUUGGGCUUGAAUUGUUUGUAAGAUUACAAUGUUUGAGUCUUCGUUUCAGUUGUGUUACAACAUAUAUUGUUCAUGUUUUCACUUUGGAUUGAUUUUCAUCCAUGCCUAAUUGAUGGUUUCUUUGAUGAUAA